GGGGCUUUCUGGUUUUGGGUACACGUGAACAGCGUCAUCCAAUCAGCUGGUAAAUUUUAAGACCGGCGCCACUUUGUCAUCAAUGUUGUCCACAGUGAUUGUUUAAACUUUUCAUAAAACAUUCAAAUUAAACAUAUAUUGUGACUUUGUUUUGUGAUAAGUGGCAAAAUCUUAGGGGCUAGGUGUUUUUUAUUUGCAGUAGAACGUUGCCUACAUCAUUUUCUGACCUUCGAAAUAUCCCAAAUUGUCGCCAUUUUGACCAUGCAAGUUAAUUUGUUGUAGUUUAUUUGAGUGUUUUACACAUAAUUAUCAUCAUAUAUACGUAAAUGGAUACCUUAUUGCAUGGAGUACUUCGAAAAUGUCACAGAAAAGUAGUGUAGUCAAUUUUGUAAUACAUGACGCUAAUGGAAAGCCUCAAAUGGUUAAGGUAGUGCAAAACUCUAUCAAUCAACCUCUUACCGAAAUAAAAAUCAAACAAACCCCUGUGAAAAUUUACAAGUUAGCUCAACCAGUAGAAGGAAACAUUAAGCCUCAAGCCCUUCAACCUAUUAAACUUAGUGGCAUUAAAUGUACAUCAGAAAAAGUAGAAGAAUCUCAUACUAUUUCUUCAUUACAAGAAGUUGUUACAUCUGUUGAUCCUGACUUGAACUUGAAAAAGCCAUUGAUAAAAGUACAAAAACCUUUUACUGAAGUAAAUUUAGAAUUUGUACCUAAAUUAGUCCCAAUUGUACGUAAAAGUGAAUUGAUAGUGAAAACAACAGAUAUCAAACAAAGUGAACCUUUAACUAUGUCUCAUGCAUCCAGAAGGCGACAUGAUUCAGAUAAUGAUGCCCCAACAGAAUACACAACAAAAAGGCGUAAGCAUGCAGACAAAGUUGGCAAAGGAUUAAGGCACUUCUCCAUGAAAGUUUGUGAAAAAGUCAGGAAUAAAGGUUUUACCUCAUACAAUGAAGUUGCUGAUGAACUUGUCCUGGAAUUUGCCACUGGAAUACAUGGAUCAUCUGAUAGCCAACAAUAUGACCAAAAGAAUAUUCGACGAAGAGUUUAUGAUGCAUUAAAUGUUUUGAUGGCAAUGAAUAUAAUUUCAAAAGAUAAAAAGGAAAUAAGGUGGCUGGGUCUACCAACUAAUUCAAUACAAGAAUGUACAGCUCUUGAAAAGGAAAAGCAAACAAAAUUGGAACAAAUUCAAAAGAAAACACAACAGUUACAAGAACUUAUAUUGCAGCAUAUAUCAUUUAAAGGUUUAAUAGAAAGGAAUAAAGAAGCAGAAAAUAAAGGCAUAAAACCGUCACCAUCAUCAGCAAUACAUUUACCAUUUAUUGUUGUAAAUACAAGUGAUAAGGCGCUUAUUGAUUGUAGUAUCUCUAAUGAUAAGACAGAAUAUAUGUUUAAUUUUAAUAAGAGGUUCCAGAUUCAUGACGAUAUAGAUAUAUUAAAAAGGAUGGGUCUCUUAUUUGGUUUAGAUAAAGGAGAAUGUUCAGAAGAAGAUAUAGAAAAAGCGAAAAGUAUGGUUCCAAAAUCGUUAGAAUGUUAUGUAGAACAGAUGGCAAGGGGUCUCAGCAAUAAUCUUUCAGAUAUUCUGGAUGAGGAAUAUUUAGAAGAAGGAGUGGACGAUGAAACAUUAGGUGAAGCAGAUGUUGAUGAUGAUCAGGAAGCUGAUGCAAAUGAAUACAGUGAGGACAGUAGUGAUGUUGAUGUUUAACGAAGUACUGUUGUUAUAUUUGGUAUGGGAUUCAGUUCAACAAUAUAUAAUUUUGAAUCAGAAGGCGCGUAAAGUGCAGAAUUAUAUAACAGUUAAAUUUCAUGUUGUAUUUUAACAUAAUAUAGGUGUGGAAUUUAUCAUUUUGAUAAUAAUAUUUAUUUGUCUUAAUAAUAAUAAUAAACAGUCAGAAAAGCAAUAAAAAUUAUAUAUUAUAUUUGUUAUGUUAUCCAAGUCCAAAUGUUUGACUAGAUUUAUAUAAUAUGUGUCUGCAUGAUUAGCUACAACUGCAUAAAAUUGAUAUCUUAAUUGAUAAUUGAGAGUCUAACUCAGACAAUAAAUGGGAAUGUGUUUCGGAAAGAUAAAAUCAAAUUUAUUUAUAUACAAUGAUUUUUUUUUU